AUACUAGUAAACAUACAACAAGGAAAUUAAAUACAGGUUCUUAUUAACACCGGAACUGUGUAGUCAUCCACUAUUUACUCAGACUUUCUUUGAAUAUUAUUCAUGUAAAUAUAGAAUGAUGCAUUGAUCUAAUGGCCUUUCAUGGCAAUGAUGAUUUUGCAAAACGGAUUCUUCAGAAUGAAAUUGCUGCAUCUGCAUUUGAAGCUGCUCAGAGACCUUUAACCGAAAGUAUCAGGAGAAAUCCUGAUGCUGCUUUAGCAUUAAGACUUCAAAAAAGAGAAGUCCAGACACCGUUACCUUCAUAUAUUGACGACGAACACAGUGCAGUUAUUGCAUUGCAGUUACAAGAACAAGAACAUCUCGAGCAAGAGCUCCACGAUGCAGAGGUUGCCCAAAGAUUAGCAGGAGGUGAUGGGAAUGGAUGGCAAAGGCAAAACGGGAAUGGACGAGUUCCCCAGCUAAAUGAGGCAUUACAAAGCAUGCAUGGACAAAGGCCAAGCAAUCAGAUGAAUUUUGGUAGAUCAGUUCGUGGGCCAUCUAUGAUGGGAACGCUUCCAUCCACUCCAGGGCUUCAUGUGUUCGGUCCUGGUACAUUAAUAGGCAGCAGUUCAGACGAUACAGAAAUAGAUGGAGAGCCCUCCAUACUUACUCAACCAAGACAAAGACUGCAACACAAUAGAAGAGGACUGGACCAAAACCCAUUCCAGAGGAAUAUUAGGGCAGAGGAAAACGACCAGAGACCAGAUAUAGAUCCCUCAAUACUUCCCCAACCAAGACAUAGACUGCAACAAAAUAGAAGAGGUCCGGAUCAAAAUCGAUUCCAGAGGAAUACUCGGACAGAUGAAAACGGUCAUAGACCGGAUCUACCGCCUUUGCCAAGCAUGUUUCGGCUGAGAGCAAAUAGAGAUGAUAUGUCGGAUUUCAACCAAGAACAGCGACACGACAUAAUGCAACCCCCAAUUCAGAGGAAUCCACAUGAUCUAUUUGGAGGAUUAAGACCUAGGUUAGUGCCCCAUGGUGGUAAUUACAGGAAUCACAUUCAGAACCGUGAUCACAGAAUUCCUAUCAGGGGUGAUGAUAUAGAUGUUGAUGAUUAUGAGGCCUUAUGGGAGUUACAAGAAAGAAAUGGUGAUGUGCGUAGUAAAGGAAUGACGGGAGAACAAAUAGGACGAAUACCUUGUCACAAAUUCAAAUCAACACCAGGACUAAAUAAAACUUUUAAAAGUGAUAAAAAUUCAUGUAGUAUAUGCCUAAAUGAAUACAAAGAUGGAGAAAGUAUAAAAACGUUGCCGUGUUUUCAUUCUUAUCAUAAAACAUGCAUAGAUAAAUGGUUAAAGAGUCAAGCUGUGUGUCCAGUUUGCAGAGGAAAUAUCAAAACAAAUUAAGGAAUAUUAUUUGUUAUUAUUUCAUAUUCAUUGGUUGAUAAUACACGGUUGAAUUGUUCUAGCAUGAUCUUAGAUUAUGUAUUAUGCACUUUUAAUCCUUUUUUCGCAGCUUCCACUUUUCUUGUGAAAAUGAUUAUACGAUUCGAUAAUUGCAAUAUGCUCCUUGCAAAGCUUUAGUACUAAAAAAAAAAAUAAAAAAAUCUUCAGAAAAUCGCAUAUUUUGUUUUUAGAAAGUGAAUUGAAAGUGAAAGUGAAACCAAUAACAUAUUAGUUGUAUACAAUUACCAUUUUCGGUUAAAUUCCUCUUAGUUGGUUACGUCAUAAUUAUUUUCUAAUGUUAUUUUCUGGUCCAGUGAUAUUGAUGCCCAUGUAGCUA